AUGCAUUUUGUAUGGAAAUGGAGGCUUCCAGAUUAUUUGACAAGUGCCAUCCUUCUAACCAUUGGGGCUUUUGUUGGAUCCUAUGUGCAGCCAUACUGCCGUCCUGUGUCAUUCAGCGACAGCAGCAUCAUGCACCAAAAGAAAGAAGAUGAGACAGUCCCCAUAUUCGCCGUUAUUAUUGCCAUUGUUCUCACUGUACUACUGUACACGUGUGGAGAGCUGUACCUUGGGGGAAAGCAUGGGAGAAAAAAGGCGAUGUACCUUAUUAACAGUUGGUUUGCUGUGCAUAUGUUUAGCUUCUCCCUCGAAUUCUGCAUCGUUGCUCUGAUUAAAGUAUACGCUGGGAGACUGCGUCCUGACUUCAUAGCGCUCUUGGAAGAUGAGAACAUUACAGAGGCAACUAUUGGAAGCUUCACGGAAGAGUACGUGUGCCGUGCAGCUCGAGAGGGGCGGCUGUCGUUUCCCUCUGGCCACAGUUCCUCUGCGUUCUCCGGGAUCGUUCCACCGGCAAUGUAUUUGCUUGGUCUGACAAGGACAUUUCGCAACGGUAGGCUAUGCCUGGCAUUUAUCUCCCUGUUGCCUCUCAUUUUCUCUUUUGUGACCGCCGUAUCUCGGACACGUGAUAAUGACCACCAUUUUUCAGACAUUCUGGCCGGGGCUAUUAUUGGUAGUGCCUGUGGCGUAUUCGCUGUGCUUAUUGCUUUCGUGCCGAGCCCAACAGGGGAGUGGGCAGUACGAGGCGGUACACCGAGCGGUUUCGAUGCUAAUUCUCCUGAUGCGGAGUUGAUGGAGAACCCUGUGUCUGUGGGCGGUGCAGCAAUUCCAGAGACAACUUCUGUAUUCAUUGCCCAGAGGCGCGAAGAUUCGCAGGAGGCCCAUAAAAGAUAA